AUGUCUUCCGUGCUGUCCUACGAAAGCCUGGUCCACGCCGUGGCGGGAGCCGUGGGAAGCGUGACAGCAAUGACAGUAUUUUUUCCCUUGGAUACAGCUCGACUUCGACUUCAAGUUGAUGAGAAAAGAAAGUCCAAAACAACACACAUGGUGCUCCUGGAGAUCAUUAAAGAAGAAGGCCUCCUGGCACCAUAUCGAGGGUGGUUUCCAGUUAUCUCCAGUCUCUGCUGCUCCAAUUUUGUAUAUUUCUACACUUUUAAUAGCCUCAAAGCAGUCUGGGUCAAAGGUCAGCAUUCUACUACUGGAAAAGAUCUGGUUGUUGGAUUUGUUGCAGGGGUGGUGAAUGUGCUCCUCACGACUCCACUCUGGGUGGUAAAUACCAGACUGAAGCUGCAAGGGGCAAAAUUUAGGAAUGAAGACAUUGUACCGACCAACUACAGUGGUAUCAUUGAUGCUUUUCACCAGAUCAUCCGGGAUGAAGGGAUCCUGGCUUUAUGGAAUGGCACCUUUCCCUCCCUGCUGCUGGUCUUCAAUCCUGCCAUCCAGUUCAUGUUCUACGAAGGCUUAAAACGGCAGCUUUUAAAGAAACGAACGAAGCUUUCUUCCCUGGAUGUGUUCCUCAUUGGCGCAAUUGCCAAAGCAAUCGCCACCACGGUCACCUAUCCUAUGCAGACAGUACAGUCAAUUCUGAGGUUUGGACAUCACAGACUCAACCCAGAAAACAGAACACUGGGGAGUCUUCGGAACAUUCUCUAUCUCCUUCACCAGCGAGUAAGGCGUUUUGGAAUUGUGGGACUCUACAAAGGCCUUGAAGCCAAGCUGCUGCAGACAGUCCUCACUGCUGCUCUCAUGUUCCUCGUUUACGAGAAGCUGACGGCUGCUACCUUCAUGGUCAUGGGGCUGAAGAGCACGCGCAAGCACUGA